CCGGACUUUCCUCUCCCAGUUUACCCAGCAGAGGAGGAAGUUAAACAACCAGGGGUGGAUCAAGUCUCCGCUCCUCCACAGCUGAAAAAAAAACCUUUACAAGGAACCAACCUGAGGUGGAACCUGCGCGGCUUUCUCCCGCAGCGACUUCAACGCUUUUGAGAAACUUUUUUUUGACUUGUCUUGUGCGGGAUCUAAGCUCGGAUCCACUCGUCAAAUUCAUCAAGAUGUCUGUUAAUUCGAGCCAGAAGACGACUACUACGACCUACCGCACCGUGAAAGUGGCCUCUCCGGAGCCGGUGACCAGCACGGUGAUGUCCGCCGGGUCGGUGUCCCCGUUGCCGUACGCGCUGAACGGUAACUACGAGACGGUGAGGUACCUGGUCCCGGUGCAGCAGGCCAUGCAGCAGCAGCAGCAGCAGUCCUUCGUGCUCAUGCAGCAGCCCAUGAUGCAGCAGCCCAUGAUGCAGCAGCACAUUAUCCAGCAGCCCAUGAUGCAGCAGAUGGUCUCUCCGGUGUACCUGCAGGGUAUGACGCACCUGAGCGUCAGCAGCCAGGACACCGACAUGUACCUGCAGCGCAGCACCCUGGAGAGCACCAGCGGACAGUCGUCAGUGUUCAGCCAGUCGUCCAAGAGCCCUGAGUCCGAGGAGGAGGAAGAGGAGGAGGAGGAGGAGGAAGAAGAAGAGGAGGUCGUGGAAGUGGAAGAGACGGAGAUCGUCAACAUCGUGCAGUCGAAGCCCCCGCCGCCGAUCCAGAGGAUCUCCAGGACCGAGGUGAGGACCGAGAUGAAGGAGAUCCCUCAGCCGACCAAGAUGGACACGCGGUACUUCGGCGAGCUGCUGGCCGACGUCUACAGGAAGAACUGCGACAUCCACUCCUGCAUCUUCGAGCACGUGUCCAAGAUCAGAGGACAGAAACACCUUCUGGAUCCCAGCAACGACUACAAGGUGGAGAAAGAGGAGGUGGAGUCUUUGCUUCCUAAAGGAGCCACUGAACUGACCAAACAACAGAUCCGCUACCUGCUGCAGACUCGUCUGACUGCAGAUAAGAGCAUGCGUCUGCUGCUGUCCACCUUCAGCAGCCUGAGAGAGGAGCUGCUGCACAUGUCUGAGGACCUGAGGCGUCUGGAGAGCGAGAAGGAGGCUCUGGAGCGAGAUCUGAGCUUCAAGGCGGACCAGGCUCGUCAGUAUGACUGUCUCCUGGAGGCUGUGCGAGAAAACAACAGACAGCUGCAGAUGUCUGUUAAAGAAAGCAGCGCCGCUCAGCGCUCUCUGGAGACUCAGCUCAUGAGCAGCAGAAGCACCGACUCCAGCAGAGACUUCAAAAUGAAAGAACAGGACGGGAGGCUGAGAGCGCUGGAGAAGGAGAACGAGAUGCUGAGACAGAAGCUGUCAGGUCAAGGCAGCAGCAGCACGCUGCACAUCAAGACGGAGGAGCUGUCCCGUCAGUACAACGAGCAGCUGGACAGCAUGAGGAGAGAGAAGGACCAGGAGAUCCAGAGACUGAGGACCCAGAUAACCAGGAUCCAGACCGAGAUCACCACCACAAACACCUCGUCUGACAACAGUCUGCAGCUGAAGAUCUCGGAGCUGCUCGCCAUGUUGCAGCAGAGACAGACCACCAUCACCCGACAGGAAGAGGAGAUCAGGAAGUUGAUGCAGGAAAGGAGUGAAAGCUCCAAGAACGUCACCAAGACCGUUAUCACCAAGAGGUACAGGAACCAGUACCCGUUGCUGGGUCUGCUGAGCGACGACUACAAUACCACCUCACAAGUCAAAGAAGACAGUACCAUCUUAAUCGAGAGAAGCGGAGAGAUUAUCAAGAAGAAAUGAUUGAACGUCGAGAAGACCCGGACGUCACCUGCCCUCUCCCUCUGCAUGCCCCCCCCCCCCCCCCUCAUCCUCAGGGCUCCCAGGGUUGGUGGUGGUUGUUGAAAUCCCCUUUUCUCCCCUAAGUUUGGAUCAUUGAAUCAGGUUUUUUGGUUUGACCAAAUUGAGCUUGUUUGUGGUGACUUUGAUUUAAAAAUAAAAAUAAAGUAAUAAUCCAAAAAUCAAAGAUGAAAUCUUUCAGAGUACACAGUCGGUUGUGUCACGGAUUAGGUGGCAGUAAAAAUGCGAACAGGACAACUUGGAUCUGGGCAGAAAUCUGAGGAGCUGUGAUGAUUUUCUCUUUUCAGAAACUUCUUCGCCUUCACUC